CUUAAGAAAGCAGGGCGUACUCGCAUUGACUUCUGGGAAGUAUAGUUUUGGUGCCCCCGGCGCGUUCUGUUUGCGAAAGAAACUACCGCCCCCGUGAGCCACUGCGACGUAGCCUGUGGCGGCCUGCGAGCCAACGGUUAGCGUUGACGGAGAUUGACUGAGAGCGUCGGUUUGGAAAGAAUGAUGCUAUACUGUGCCAUUCCUUUAUUGGCACAGUACAGAAGUACAGAUAAUGGAUUCUGAAUUAAUGCACAGUAUAGUAGGAAGCUAUCUUAAACCUCCAGAAAGAGUGUUUGUUCCAUCAAUCGCCCAGAGUGAUGAAUCAUCUCAGACUCACUAUUCUGUGAACUUAGAAGUUACCUCUCCUAAAAUGCUUCAUAGUCCAAAUAGCCAAGCUCUUAUUUUAGCCUUAAAAACUCUUCAGGAAAAGAUUCAUCGUUUAGAGUUAGAGAGAACACAAGCUGAAGAUAACCUGAACAUUCUUUCCAGAGAAGCGGCACAGUAUAAAAAGGCCUUGGAGGAUGAAACAAAGGAGAGAAAUCUGGCACAUGAGGAACUAAUAAAGCAGAAAAAAGAUAUAAGUAUGCAGUUAAGCUCAGCCCAGUCUCACUGUACCCUUCUAGAGAAACAACUAGAAUAUACAAAGAGAAUGGUUCUCAACGUAGAGCAAGAGAAGAAUAUGAUCCUAGAACAAAAGGCCCAGCUUCAAAGGGAAAAAGAACAGGAUCACAUGAAGCUGCAAGCAAAACUUGAAAAGCUUGAUGUCUUAGAAAAAGAAUGUUUUAAACUUAAAACAACUCAAAAAACUGCUGAGGGCAAGAUUAAACAUUUAGAGGAAAAACUAAAGGAAGAAGAACAUCAGCGUAAGCUCUUUCAAGACAAAGCUUCUCAGCUUCAAACUGGACUUGAAAUCAGUAGAAUUUUGAUGUCUUCCAUAUCAAAUCCAAAGCGCUCCAAGGAAAAGAAGAAAUCUUCAAAGAAAAGUAAAUGUUUAAAGAGAGGACCACCUCAGCAAAUUUAUUCAAAAUUUGGAUCACUGCCUAUUGUGGCUGAGAAGUCUGCCAGUGCAGGCCAUUCCAGGAAUGCAAGUACCCAAAACCUGCAGACAGUGCAACAUUACAGGCCACAUAUCCUUCAGAAACUGGCUGAAGUUUCUGAACCUAGAUGUCUCUACAAGCCUUCUAAAUCAACUUCUCAAUGUGAAGCUGUACCUUCUGACUCAGAAAAGUCCAUUUCCAUUUGUAACAAUUUGUCUGAACUUUUGAUGGCAAUGCAAGAUGAGCUGGACCAAAUGACUAUGGAGUACCAAGACCUGCUGAAUCAAAUGAAAGAAGCUGAAAGCCAAUCAGUCUGUGAAAACAUAGAAUGUGAACUAGAACAUUUAGUCAAGAAAAUGGAAAUUAAAGGAGAACAAAUUUCUAAACUAAUGAAGCAUCAAGACAAUGUCCGCAAACUGCAGCAAAAAGUUCAGAAUUUGAAGAUAAGUGAAGCUUCAGCUAUUCAGAAAGAAGAUAGCAACUGUAAAGGAUCAAAGAACAUAAAAAAUAGCCCCAGAAAAUGUUUGCUAACUAACUCUCCUCAAAAUAACAGCAACUUUCGUCCAAUACGAGUCCAUAAUCUUCAAAUGAAAUUGAGAAGAGAUGAUAUCAUGUGGGAACAGUAACACAGUAACAAAACUGUCACCUUAAAUGAACUUUGUCAGUGAGAUCUUGAACUAUCUAAAGUGGUUUUAAUUUAAUAUACCUUUAUGAAAUUUUGAAUUAUGUUUCUAGCCUCUAUAAAGUGUCAAAUUGUAGUAUUUUAAAAUUAGUGCCUAAUGACCUCCUAAGAGCCCCAAAUAAUAAAUGAUUGCUUUCUUGUUUUUCUUAUUGACUGAAGUACCUAAUCUUGUGUUAGAAACAUUGUUCACUUUGCAGAUACCUUAAGAUAAAUUUAAAAAAUUAUACUGGACUGAUGAUAUUUAAAACAGUUAAAUUUGAGAUACAAGUGCCAUAACACUUUUUCAUUUAGUAGGCUUGGAACCUUAAGAACCAAUAUAAAAUUAACAGAGUAUGGAAAGGUCUUUUAACUUUCCUGGUGCUUCCUCCCUAUCUUGUUUUAGAGCUGGGAAAUGUUUUUCUUUUUUGGAAAGGGAAAAGCUUUGGGAAGAGGCCUUUAGCCCAAGUUUUUAUGUGACAAUUACAAAUAGGAACCCAUAGUUACUUAAUUUUUAGAUGACAAUAACUCAGCUGUGGAAGCCUUCCUCUGCUAUUCCCAUUCUCUUUUACAAAUCUAGCUUUGUUUUUUUUGAUCUUACUCCUUUGUAACUAUAUUUUUGAUAUUUUGAUUAGUGGUGCCAUAAGAGAUUUCUUUGUACAUAUAUGCUUUAUAAUAAAUUUACACUUGUUGACCUA